AUGGACCUAGAGCUAAGGCACAAUGAUCCAAAGACUUUUCCCGUCACUCACAAGAUCGAGGCUUUGGGCAGAGUGCUGCCGCCGCCACUCCUAAAGAAGAUGCUGGAGUAUCAACUUGUCACCAUAGCCGGCGCUGCGUCGGGGUUUUUGGCCGGUGUGGUUCUCGACUGGCUCAACCACUUUGCAGCGUCUUUGACUGCAGGCUCGACAUCCUCCAUUGCUGUCAACCCAAUCUGGGUGGUUAAAACCCGUCUCAUGCUACAGACGGGGUCCGAAAAAGUGUACUAUAAGGGAACCCUUGAUGCGUUCCGAACCAUGUAUAAUACAGAAGGCGUGGGUGUGUUCUAUAGUGGGUUGGUACCUUCUCUUUUCGGUCUUGUCCAUGUGGGAAUUCACUUCCCCGUGUAUGAGGCUUUGAAACGCUCUCUUCAUGUUAGCGACUCCAGUCAAAUCUCCCAUGGCAGCUACCACAAAUUGUGGCGCCUUAUUGCCGCUUCCACCAUCUCCAAAGUCAUAGCAUCUACUGUCACGUACCCACACGAAAUUCUACGAACUAGAAUGCAAAUGCAAAAGAGUGCCAACUCCUCUUCCGUUACCUUGCGCAGUUGGAUUAGAUCUAUAUACAAUAGAGAGGGACUUCGAGGAUUCUAUGCUGGUUACUUAACCAACUUAGCCCGCACAUUACCAGCGUCGGCUGUCACGCUUGUCAGCUUUGAGUACUUCAAGACGUAUUUAUUGGAGAUCAGCGGUAAAGUCUGA